AUGUCGGGUUUUGACGCUUUAAAAGAUAUUAACAAUGCUUUCGAAGAGGACAUACAUCGAGAUUCUUCAGAGUCUUCUGCUGCACCACGAACAACUGAACAACAGAGAGCAAAUGUGAUCGAAAAUAAUGAGGAGCAAACACUUUUACUUGAGCAGCAAACAUUUAAAUCUGUCACACAGGCAAAUGCUGUUAAAAUCUUAAUAGCCACACCCGAUAGCAACCUCAAUCCCGAGAUGAUAGAGAGAACAGAAAAUAAAAGAUCAGUAAUUAAUGAAGUACCAAAAUCUCAAAACGCAGCAACUUCUCCGCAAUAG